UCUGAUUUCCCAAAUACGCAACUCACUGUAUAUAUCUUGUCUAUAUAAAUAGCCCUUCUCUAUUUCUGAUUCUCGUUUUUCACCUCUCAGUUUCUCUCCGGUGUUGAAUCACACAACCAGAGCAAAAACGUAAAACAGAGGAAUAGAGAUAACAGAACCAAACAACAACGUUAGAGGAUCUGAAAUCUUAUAUUACCAAACAUGGGUUCGGUUCCUCCUGAACUGAGCUUGGACUUUAGACCCAGUUUUGUUCCGAAAACGAUCACUGAUUUCCUCAGGGAGGUUUCUUUGAUCGGAAAUGUGACGCAGAGGCUAUCGAAGCUUGACGAUUUCGUCAAGCGAUUGGAAGAGGAGAUGAGGAAGAUCGAUGCCUUCAAGCGCGAGCUUCCUCUUUGCAUGUUCCUCUUGAAUGAUGCAAUUCAAGCUCUGAAGGAAGAUGCAAUGCAAUGUGCGAAGCCAAAUGUCCAACCAGUGUUGGAAGAAUUCAUACCGUUGAAGAAAGAUUGUGAUAAAAAGACAGGAGAACUCAAUAAUCUUAAGAAAGAAAAAGACUCUAGGGAUAAGAAGAAUUGGAUGAGCUCUGUUCAGCUUUGGAACACUGAUAAUUCUCAUCAUCCAACUAGUGAUUUCCCUUCUGAUCGAAAGCAAGGUUCUGAAAUUGAAUCUAAGAGAAAUGAAACCAGAAAUGGGAUAGCAAAUGAGGAUCCAUUUCAGACAUGUAGAAAUAGGAAUGGUGGAAGAGCAUUUAUGCCAUUCAAGGCAUACCCUGCCUUUUCUGUCACACCUGUGAGGAAGGAAGAUAAAGAGGAUUUGACAGUUCACGGAUUGUCUUUGCUCACCCCUGGAAUCAAGAAUCCAAAGGAAGAAUCAGCUUCUAGUGGUUCAAGAUCCACUUGUGGAAGGGCAGUCUCCUUCUCUGCUGUCAAUGUUCAAUCCAAUAUGAGGAUUUCGCCGCAGCAGCCAACUUCCCGGAAACAGAGAAGGUGCUGGUCGCCGGAGCUGCAUCGGAGGUUCGUGAAUGCUUUGCAGCAACUUGGAGGUUCACAAGUUGCCACUCCGAAACAAAUUAGAGAACUUAUGCAGGUUGAUGGCCUGACAAAUGAUGAAGUGAAGAGUCACUUGCAGAAAUACCGACUUCAUACAAGAAGAGUUCCAGGUGCCAAGUCCGUCGCUUCCAAUCAAUCUGUAGUUGUUUUGGGGGAUCUGUGGAUGUCCCAAGAUCAAUAUGAUAACUCUUCAAAGGCUAAUAGUUCUCAAUCUGGCUCACCCCAAGGCCCUCUCCAGUUGGCCGAAAAUGGUGGUGAUGAUGAAGAAGACACUGAUGAUGAUGCAAAAUCUGAAAGUCAUAGCUGGAAAAGUCAUAUCCACAAACCUGGAAAAGAUGAUUUAUAGAGUUUAUUCACCAUCAAUUUUGCAGAUAUAAAUUAUACAAGGGAGGGAGCUAAUGAAUAUAAAGAGAGAAAUAAUACAUUAUACAUAAAAGGGGAAGGAUGUUGAGAGAGACUGAAACAUCGGCUUUCAAAAUUUGCAGGCUUAGUUUUCCUUCCCUAGCGCCUUGAAUAUGAGUCUCUGAAAAAUUGGUGUAAGAGUUGUUUCACCGAUGCUCAUGUUAUGGAAGAAACAGUGCCAUUUUCCAACAUCUCAGCACAUAAUUUUCAUGGACAAUGUUUUGAGAUGUGUAGCGUAUUACGGGUCUCUUGGAUAGGCUUUUGAGCAUUCAGGUGGAACAAGUCAAUCAUGCUUUGAGUUUUAAAGUCAUCGCAGAAGAAACAAGGGUAUUUCUACAUGAAGUUCAUAGUUUUCAUGGAACUUUUUUAUGAGUUUUGAAGUCCAAGGAAGGAACAAAUGCAAUUUUCUUGCAAGUUCAUAGUUUCCCUGCAAUUUCUUUGUUUUAGUGAUUUCAAGCCCUUUGUAUCAUUUUAGGUAGAACAAUUCAAUCAUGAUCUUAUCUUUGAUCUAGAUGGACCCCUUUUGGGAUCUAUGUUCCCUGCAUUCUAUUGAAAUAUUGAGCCUGCAGCCUGGUCAUCCCUCCUUAUCUUCUA